AUCACUUCACACCGCACACUUAUCUUCAGCAUCGCUGCAUCACCAUUGGUCGAAACCUCCAAAGGUCCAUACUCUUACACUACACCACCUCACACUAGAUCCUCACCCCUCCUUUUUCCAUACAUAUAUAUAGCAUGAAAAUUUGCGUGCGAGAACGCAGAAAGGUUUUACACGUGCGGUAAAAUCGUUGGAACUCUCUGAAAAUGGAGCACAAAGAAGAAGUUUUCGAGUUUCUCGGAAGCGUUCCGUUGCUACAGAGGCUGCCUAGUUCGUCUAUAAGGAAGAUAUCAGAGCUUGUGAUUGUUAAACACUAUGAGCGAGGGGAUUAUGUUGCUCGUGAGGGUGAACCAGGAGAUGGCACUUACUUCAUAUGGGAUGGAGAGGCCAAGGUUGUUGGAUCUGUUAGUGACAAUGAUGAAAGUCGUUCAGAGUUCCAAUUGAAUAAAUAUGACUACUUUGGUUGUGGUUUGUCAAAUACAGUUCACCUCACAGAUGUUGUUGCUUUGUCUAAGCUAACAUGCUUAUUACUUCCUCGGAAGCACUUGGCACUGCUAUGGCCAAAGUUUAUAUGGACUGCAGAAAAAUGUCUUGAGAGACCCUCAUCUGUGGAGAAUAUAUUGCAAUUAGAACCAUUAGAGGUAGAUAUCUUCCAAGGAAUCACUCUUCCAGAUGCUCCAAGAUUUGGAAAGGUGUUUGGGGGACAGAUGGUUGGACAGGCACUAGCUGCAGCAUCAAAAUCUGUUGACAGUCUUAAGUUACUUCAUAGUUUGCAUUCCUAUUUUCUUCGCAUAGGAGACUUAAACUUGCCUAUUAUAUAUCAAGUUCAUCGUAUCAGCGACGGAAGGAGUUUUGCUACAAGGAAAGUGGAUGCAAUGCAAAACGGAAAAGUCAUAUUCACUUUGCUGGCUUCAUUUCAUAGACAAGAAUCAGGGUUUGACCACCAGGAAGUAGAUAUGCCAUUAGUCCCUGCACCAGAAAUGCUUCUUCCAUUAGAAGAGUUACGGGAGAGACGUCUAACUGACCCUCGCUUGCCAAUAACUUACCGGAACAAAGUGGCUACAUCUGAGUUCAUUCCCUGGCCCAUAGAGAUACGUUUCUGUGAACCUAAAAUUGCAACAAAUCAGACAAAAUCUCCUCCCAGUUUGAGAUACUGGUUUCGAGCGAAGGACAAACUUUCAGAUGAUCAGGCCUUACAUAGGUGUGUGGUGGCAUAUGCUUCCGAUCUAAUAUUUCUUCAAGUAAGUUUGAAUCCACAUCGUGGGAAAGGUUUCACGGCACGUGGUGUUAGUCUGGACCAUGCAAUGUGGUUUCACCGACCCUUAAAAGCUGAUGAGUGGGUGCUAUUUGCGAUCUUCACUCCUAGUGCUUAUGAAGCACGUGGUUUCGUCAUAGGUCAAAUGUUCAAUCAGAAGGGAGAGCUUCUUGCAACAUUGAUUCAAGAAGGUCUAACCAGGAACGCUAAUCUCCAAAUCAAAUCCAUCAAACCUAAGUUGUGAACUGCUGAGAAAUGGAGUAGACAAAUGACCUCUGCUUUUAUAGUGGAUCUUUUUUACCCUUUUUUUUUGUUGGGGACUGAAUGUGUUUAAAGAUUCAGCUCUGUUAUGCAGAAAAUGUAAUUUAAGUUUUGAUUAGGAUAAAAUAUUUAUUCAACCAAAGUACCAAAAAUCAAUUUAUUAGAUCCCAAAUAGUUUUAUUUACCUUGAUGUGUAACUGGAGGACACGCCUAAUCCUUUGAACACAUUGUUCUUCCUCUUUGGGCAUAUUUUUGUUCAUUUUUUUGAUCAAGGUGCAGAAGUAAUAAAGCAAAACAUCUUUGGUCCUCAA